UGGUCCUUCCUAUAUAAUUCAUCGAAUAAAAUUGUUUCGGUUAAUAGAAGCAUUAACAACAUUUGGAUGUUCCAAGCAUGGAAACGACAACUUUGAUUUUCGUCACUGUGUUAAUAGCACUUGUAUCACUUUUCAUAUCAUGGAAGAAAAGGGGACAAAAUCCUUUACCUGGUCCUAUGGGAUUGCCGCUUGUAGGCUAUAUCCCAUUUAUGACGAGAAAACCCUAUAUUAAAUUACAACAGCUUGCAAAAAUCUAUGGGCCUGUUUACAGAAUACAAUUAGGCAGUCACAAUGUGGUGGUUCUUUGCGAUUUCCAGUCAAUAAAAGAUGCUUUUGCAAGCGACGCUUUCAUGGGAAGACCUGCUGACCUCCCUUUUGAACUCAGCGAAGAAAGCAUUCGUACCGGAGCAUUCUUAGAUCUUCCAUGGAAAGAACAAAGGAGAUUCUCCUUGCAUAUGCUUCGUGAUCUUGGAUUCGGUAAAACGCGCAUGGAGGAACAUAUAAAAGAGGAGAUUUUAGAACUGCUUCAGCGCAUAGAAGACUACCACGAAUCUCCUGUUAAAAUUGGAGAGUUGUUAACCCCAAGUAUGUCAAAUAACAUUGCCUCACUCAUAUUUGGUAAGAGACUCAAACCCGACGAUCCUAAGAGGAUAAAACUGGAUAAGCAGUUGAACGAAGUCGACUUGCUGGUACGCUUUUCUGGCAGAUCUUUUUCCCUUGGAUCAGAGCUUUCAUGUCAUUCUUUAAUCUCGGCAACAAAGGAAAACUAUCAAGAGCCCUAUCGGAAGGAGGAAAUAGAGGAACAUGAAAAGACAUUAGAUCCAUCUAACUUACGCGAUUUUAUGGACGGAUAUUUACUAGAGAUUAAAAAAAGAGCUGAUGACCCUGACACUUAUCAUUCAGAAGCGGUUCUUGCUGAUUUGUCAAGAGCAUUCUUCGGUGCCGGAAGCGAGACAGUUCGUGUGUCUGUGGAAUGGAUUCUGCUUUUAUGUGUUGCUUUUCCAGAAGUGCAGAUAAAAAUCCAACAAGAAAUCGACGAUGUCAUCGGACGAGAACGAUUUCCAACUAGAGCAGACAAUCUGGAGAUGCCUUUCACAGAGGCUGUUAUUCUGGAGGUGAAUAGAUGGAAAACAAUUGCGCCUCUGAAUCCAAUGAGAUAG